AAGAGAGUGGAUUGCUUUUUCAAUUACUGGAGGAAGCUGCAAAAGACAAGGUUGCGAUGACGACUCAAUGGCGACAAGCAAAAGCCGCGCUCAAGAAGGCCCAGUGUGAGUUGGAGCAGUACAAGUCGUGUCACCAGGAUUCUGGGUUCAACAACCAACACCAGACGGUCUUUGAGGACCGAAAUUCUGCUGAAAGUGCCCAAAAACACGGAGACCACAACAAUAUCAGUCAAAUCUGCCCAAUCGUUACAUCGAGCUUCAAUCCCGAUGCAAGUUUGAAAAACGGUAAAGAAGAUAUUCCUCAGUCUCUUUGCGACCAAAUUACACUCGCUGAUAAACGGGUGCGUCAGCUGAAAGCUCAACAUGAUCAAUGCUAUGGUCGCGUAUCUCGAGAAUCUUCAAGUAUGAAUUGA